GGCGGGAUGAGAUUCGGUAAAGAAAACGGUUCAUGUUAUGAUAUCGAUCGGUGCAUUGUUGCCAGUUAUAUUCCUCGCUCGGCCGUGGAAGGCGUACUCAGGGACAACCUAUGGGCAGAACAUGAAUGGUGCCUUCAUGGGCCAUCCAGUUACCGAUACAGAUCAGAAAAUUAGUGAGCGGAUCGAGGAGAUUGCAAAAGCUUGGGGUAUUUCCAUGGCUGUCAUCUCACUGGCAUGGUGUCUUUUUAAGCUACUAAUCACGCUGCCGAUUAUGGAUAUGAGUAAGGAGCGGGUGGAAGAAGCUGUUCAGGCAAUUGACUUUAAGCUCUGUGAGGAGAUCAAGAUCAUUGACGAGUUGUAUGUUCCUAAGGGAGUUAUUGGGCAUCGUUGAUAGCAGUGAAGCAUGUAUGUAUUUCUCAUUCUCCAAUUAUGCCACUGGUUCUCCCUGCCAGCAAAGUAAGUUCGACAUUAACAAUUGUGUUGCAAGCACGAUUCAUCUUCCUUGCGUUAACUAAUUGGAGCUGUAGUCAGGCUAGAGUUA